GAUCUAAACGAUCUUAGGACAUCAGGCAUGAAGCCAGUGACUUUCCAUGUAAAGUGGCCAAACAUCCCAGAAACAAAAACAGAAAUAGGUACAGAGAUGUCAGCCCCUUUGAUCACAGUCGAAUUAAGCUAAUCCAAGGUGACAAUGACUAUAUCAAUGCUAGUUUGAUAAAAAUGGAAGAGGCCCAAAGGAGCUACAUCCUUACCCAGGGUCCUUUGCCAAAUACUUGUGGUCACUUUUGGGAGAUGGUUUGGGAACAGAAAAGCCGUGGUGUUGUCAUGUUGAACAGAGUGAUGGAAAAGGGAUCAAUAAAGUGUGCACAGUACUGGCCACAGAAGGAAGAGAAAGAAAUGUUUUUUGAAGAUACAAACUUGAAACUAACCUUGAUAUCUGAAGAUAUAAAAUCGUAUUACACAGUACGACAGCUAGAAUUGGAAAAUCUUACAACACAGGAAAGUAGAGAGAUUCUGCACUUUCAUUAUACUACGUGGCCUGACUUUGGAGUCCCAGAGUCGCCUGCCUCGUUCCUCAAUUUCCUAUUCAAAGUGAGAGAGUCUGGGUCACUUAGUCCUGAGUAUGGACCUGUUGUUGUGCACUGCAGUGCAGGAAUCGGGAGAUCAGGAACUUUUUGUUUGGUUGAUACAUGUCUUCUGCUGAUGGACAAAAGGAAAGAUCCUUCUUCAGUGGACGUUAAGCAGGUUCUUUUAGAAAUGAGGAAGUACAGAAUGGGCCUUAUACAGACAGCAGAUCAGCUUCGUUUCUCUUAUUUAGCUGUUAUUGAAGGGGCAAAAUUCAUUAUGGGAGAUGCUUCAGUGCAAGAACAGUGGAAAGAGCUCUCCAAUGAAGACCUGGACCCACCACCUGAACAUACCCCACCACCUCCCAGACCACCAAAGCGAACCUCAGAAAUGCACAAUGGAAGGAUGCAUGAACACACAGAAUUCUUUCCCAAGCAUCAAGUGGUAGAGGAAGAGAUCAGAUGUUCAGUCAGCGCUGUGGAAGAGAUGGUUCCAGAUGGCCGAGCUUGUUCAUCUGGGCCACUGAUCACAGACAGCAUUAGUCAAGACACUGAAAUUCGGAGGAGAACUGUUGGUGAAAAUCUGCAUCUCUCACCCCACAAAGAAGAGUCAAUGAAGUCAGAAAACUUAGAAGAGGAUGAUGAGAAUGUGAUGACAACUUGGAAGCCAUUUCUAGUGAAUAUAUGCAUGUUCACUUUCCUCACGGCAGGAGCUUAUCUCUGUUACAGGGUAUGUUUUCAUUGAUGGACAUGCCAGCAAGAUUGAGCCUGCAGAAAACACCAACGAUUUGAUCGGUUUGUAAUAAGCUUCUACGAAAGAAAGCUAAUUGAGGCAUGUGAGCCUUGUCUCAGUGGAAAUAGAUCUUAGGUUGAAAUGCCGGAACUUUGGUUAGGGCUUACAGAGAGAAUUGAUGCACUAGGGUUUAAUCUAGCCCUGUGGUCCCAAGAACAUAAUAUUCUAAUCUCAGGGCCUUAAAAUAUUCAGGAGUAAGCAGAGAAAAUGCCAAAUAGUCUGUUUUUCUUUUGUUAUUUUUUCUUUUGUUUUUUAAACUAAAUAAUAGAAUUACAACACAUUGUUGUUUUUAGCCUUUUUUAAAAAGCCAGUUCUUUUUCUUUUGUGUUCCAGGAAAAACUAGGCACAAGUGAAACUUGCUUGUACUCUCCAAGUGUUGUAACCAAAUACAUGACUUAUACCGAUGAGUUCCCAAAAAAGAAAGAGAAACCCACAUAUCUGAAGAAUGUAAAGUUUUUGGAAGGGGAGGGCUUUACUUUUUUUUUUUUUUCCCUUCAUCUGUAAAGACUGAGUUGUGGGCAGUGCCUGUGGUAUUGAUAUAUUUAAUCUUGGCAUAACUGUUCUUAAAGAGCUUAUUGUUUUACAUGUGUUUAUAGAAACAGGCUUCUGCAUUUGCUCAGGGUAUCCCAACAUGUCAAGCUUCUUUUUUUUUUUUUUUUUUCUUUAAGUGUAUCUCCUCAUUGACUUUUGUUGCACUCUACUUGCACGUAUGCCUAUUUACAUUGUACCAUCCUUUGUAAAGCUGUUUUUACCUUUGUAUUCCGGGUUAGGAGAGGGUGAGGGGAGGGAGAGGAACAGGAAGGGAAAUGCAACCAAAACAUGUCCACCAGCAUUUUACAGCUGUUCCGUUGGCGUUUAGAAGGACCAGUUCUUAAACCUCAUCAUUUGGAAUGUAAAAUGUAGUUUCACUCUAAAUCUGCUUUUUGCAAAAUAACAUGCUUUCCGCAAGGGCCAGAGUGAUAAUGAUGUACUCAGAGUGUUGCGAGUAAUAAUCAGGAAAGCAUUUCAACAAAUCCAGAGCAAUUAAUGCUGUGGCAGCUUCCUUAAGACAUAGAGUUUAACAGAA